AUGAACGUAUUAUCUAGCCGAACAUCAUCAACAUUGAUAGAUCCAUUGAGUCGUAUGAUUGUAUUCAUAACUGGUCUUUUUACUAUAGCCGCUUUAAUUCUAUCAAUUGUUGGUACAGCUACAUAUUCAUGGUAUUUUAAUCAAGAUUCAACUGGUAAAAUAGUUUAUUAUAAUUUUUUUACUCAAUGUACAGGUAAUAUACUUAAUACAUCGUCAAGUUGUAGUGAUAUACAACGUAAUACUGUACUUGGUCUUGGUACUCAACAUGCAGCUGGACUUUUAGUUGUUGCUCUUUGUCUACUUGGUCUUGGAAUGUUAAUUAUUUUGUCUAUGAAUUUUAUUCAAUUAAUUGGUUUAUUAACUUUUAUUGCACCAAUAAUUCUUUUUCUUGCAGCUCUUUUUAUGGUUGCAGCUCUUGCUGAAGGUUCACGUGUUACAACAUAUAAUAGUUAUAGUGCUAAUCUUGUUGAAACUGGACAUUUACUUACAAUAUUUUCAAUGGGUUUAAUUGCUUUUGCUAGUGGUCGAUUACAUUUUCGAUAUUAUGAGCUUUGA